AUUCCUUUUAUUAUAUUUUUCUCCGGGUUCGUUCGUUUCGUGUCGACUUCGGCGGUCGCUUCGGCUCGAGCAAAGCGCCCCCCGUCGCGUGCUCUCUCUCGAAGCAUUCUUUGGUUUUGGUUCUCUCUCUUCCUUCCUUCCUUUCCUUCCCCCUCCCCCCUCUUCGGGCGUGUCCCGUGGUGGUGUCGCCGCCGGCUCCACUGGGGACGGGCUCGAGCUUCGCUUUCCGUCGGAGUAGUAGCAGCCGCCGCCCACCGCCCGCCGCCGCCGCGCGAAGGGGUUCUUUCGAGUGAAGACUCAAGAUUCUCAAUGGGCGAAGCUCCAGCUUUUUGCAACGGGAAUCUGCAGAAGGAAUUUGCCAAUGGAAAUUCUUUAAAAUCCAGGAGGGGGGGCGAGACUGCCACCGUCGUCGGGGAUAAAACAUAUGUUAUCGAGGGAUCUGAUGUGGAAUCAACACCUCUAGGUGUCCGAAUAUUUGAUAAAUCAACAGCACAAUGGGUUCAUCCUGUUGUACUGGGGACUAAACCGAGUGCUUGCAAAGGCCAUUCAGCGGUACUUCUGAAUGAGGACCGCAUAUUGAUUAUUAAGAAGGGAGCAAGCCCAGAUGAUUGCACAUGGUUCCUUGAGUUGGAUACCCAAUAUGUCCGAGAUCAGAAGACAAUGCGUGGUGGGAACACUGAGGUUGUCGCUUGGAGUAAGGGUGUCAGAGGCAAAGCUGAGAAGCCAGUUGUGAUUAGUGGUCCUUCUGGUGUGGGCAAGGGUACCCUGAUAUCUAAACUUAUGGACGAAUAUCCAUCGUUGUUUGGGUUUUCUGUAAGCCAUACGACCAGAGCUCCAAGAGGUAUGGAGAAAGAUGGGAAACAUUACCAUUUCACAGAGAAAAGUGUCAUGGAGAAAGAGAUAAAAGAUGGAAAGUUCCUUGAGUAUGCAUCGGUCCACGGGAAUCUUUACGGGACUAGUAUUGAAGCGGUUGAAGUUGUAGCUGAUGAGGGAAAGAGAUGCAUCCUUGACAUUGAUGUUCAAGGGGCAAGAUCCGUCCGGGGAAGUCCUGUGGAAGCUAUUUUUGUCUUUAUUUGUCCACCCUCAAUGGCAGAGCUUGAAAAACGACUUCGUGCCAGGGGAACCGAAACUGAGGAACAGAUUUUAAAGCGUCUUCAAAAUGCUAGGGCAGAGCUUGAACAGGGAAUAUUAUCGGGCCUUUUUGACCAUAUUUUGUAUAAUGACAAACUUGAAGAAUGUUAUCAGAGACUUAAGAAACUCCUGGGACUAGAUGGAAGUGUAGGAGCAGCCCCCAAACCAGUGUCUAGAGGGAUUGAUCUGCCUGUGGACCAUUCAGUAUCAAAAUUGGAUAAUAAGAUCAUUAUAGAUUGUGGAACCCCGGAGUUGGAGAAGGCAUCCAAGAAUCUGAUUGUGUUGGACGUCUCCUGUCUCAAUGGCGGGGCACCUGGCCGUACAAGGGGGUUAGACUUGUAUGCAAUUGAUUCAUUUUCAGAUGGGUUGAAAGAGAUCAGAUAACAAAGUGCCUGCCAUUCUCGUCAGCCCUUGCUACUAACUACGUCGAUUUUGGGAGAUCCUCUUAUCUUAACUCUUUAACAUCAUAGCCCAAGGUUGACGAACAUAAGAGCUUUACGUUCAUGGACAAUUGCUGAGACCAGUUUUUCUAGAUUCUUUGGGAUUUUUAGAAGCAUACUUCGUUUCUUGCGAGUGUCUGAAAAUUAUUUAUUUUUCUAAAUGGGCAUUGAUGAUUUUUAAGUUGCGAGGCAUCUGGGUUAUCUAUGAGUGGUCCGAUGUAUCGCCAGUGAGAAAGUUGUUUGUUCUGGGGGGAAAGAUCUUGUGAUAUUAUUGGAAAGCAGGGCAUUCUUUCUCUAAAA